CAGUCCACCCGUCAGAGUGGAGGCUGAUCUGUUCUUUCCUUUCCAAAGGGGCGAAGAGUCAGCAUCACUAAUUUCUGACUCCGAUAAGAGCGCAUUGUGCGCGCACUCUUCCAUCGAACAGACGUGGGGCUUCGAAGCGGGGGGGGGGGUUCUUUUGGAUGCAGCUGCAGGUCACUUCUCAUCCAUCGAGGUUUCUCCUGGAGUUGGACCGCCGCGUUAGGGAAGGACCGGAGGAAACGUGCGAGGUACGAGCGGGAGGACAAGGAACCAAAGAGGAGCGGAGAGCAGGACAGGCGAUCGACGCGAUCAUGUUUGGCAUGAUCAAGAAUUCGCUCUUCGGCAACACCGAGGAGACGGAGUACAAACUGCUCAGCACGGAGACGAAGGAUGGAGUGAGCUUUGAAGUGCGGCGAUAUGAUGCUGCCAAGUACGCCGUUGUCUCCUCUGAGGGACGAGCGUUUGACCAAGUGUCAGGCGAGCUGGUGAGGAAGCUGCUCAUGUACAUCGGUGGGAGCAAUGAACAAGGUGAGGCCAUGGGUACAGCGGCUCCGCUCAUUAUCACGGUGUACCCGCGGAAUGAUGGCGUUCUGUCUCGCCGGUUGGUGGUCGGCAUCCGUGUCCCCUCAACGUACCAGCAGAGUCCCCCGACUCCCACCGACAGCGCUGUCAGGAUCGAGGAGCGACCCGGCAUGACCGUCUACGCUCUUCAGUUCGGAGGCUUUGCAGGGGAGAGUGAGUACCGAGCAGAGGCCUUGCGUUUGACACGCACGCUGGGCGAGACCGCCCCCUUUCAGCGGAAGCAGUACUUCUGCUGUAGCUUCGACCCACCGCUCAAGCCUUACGGACGCCGCAACGAGGUGUGGUUUCUACAGGAGGAGCCGUAGGGACCGGUCGGAAUCGCAGACGAAAGCUCAUGCUGAAUUCUCUAACCAACCGUGACCACCCUUUCUCUCCUGUAGCUCUGACAGUAUUCGAGUGGUAAGAGCAAUGUGGUGACUUGAUAGACCUUUCGAACGCACAUGGACAGACAGAGAUUACCCAUGUUGCCUUUACCCACCUUAUCUUUCGCGUGUCAUGUAUACUACAUAGUUGCCACACUGAUCUUAGGUGUUUCGCGCAAUGGGACGAUUUAGAAUUCAACAUCAGGGCACUAGCAUCCGCUCUUUUUCAUUAUCGCUUCAUCUUUGUUUUUUUUCUUGUUUAAAUUUACCGAAUAAUACCGAAUAACACAGAAUACAUGUAAUAGGAGUGAUUCAAAGGCGCUUUAAACAAUUGUAGUGUUAAGAAGUGAAAGCAUUUAUUGGAGUUGUACGUAUUUCAUAUAGAAUUUUCAUCUAAAACAUUUGCAUCGCUGAAAAACGCACGCCAUAGUGUCAUGGCUGAGUUGACUUCUCCAUGCCAGGGGAAAAUAGAUCUUAAAGUAAUUCCUUUUAGUUAAACUGGUAUGCUACUGCCACUGGCUCACAGGGGUGACUCGGAAAGUGAAUCAGGGAAUCAUUUGUAUUUAAAUACAACUGAACAGAUUUGAGAAUUAAUUUGUCCUUGAGCUUAGAUAAAGUCCCUGUAGAGCUCCCAGCUCCCCCAAAGAACGUAAGUUGUGGCUCUGACAAUGGAACCAAGAGACCAAACAAUGACCAUCGCCUUGAAUAAUGCCAUCCUACCACCUAUUCUUGAGAACUUAUGUCAACAAAGUCAUGUGAAUGAACUUUGGAGGCUUGGCCUGCCAUCUGAACAGCAUCCAGGUGAACCUGUCUCAACGCCUCAUCCCAUUCUGAGCGACAAGAGAUGGUGACUGUCAUUGUUUGGUCUCAUUAAAACCAAAGUUCUAGCCAGAACAUACAAUCUAUUUUGACCUCACUCAGACCAUGGCCACAGUCUUCUCCAUGAAUAAGUCCUCCCAUCAGGGUCGCACAGAACGCAGGAAUCCACACACUUCGUGGCUAAAGCAACACUUAGGGGAGGCCAUUUUCAAACCAGCUUCGAAAAGCUGUGGAAGCAAUAAAUAAGGUAAUGAUAUAAUUUAACACAGAUAGCACCAGAAUGCUUUCCCAUAUUACAAACUAAUAAAAAAAUAAACUUGAUUGUUCAAAAAAAUUCAAUAUCUAAGAAAUAUCCAAUCAGCCUUCUCAAAGUCUCAUAUUGCAGAGAUGAUACAUGAAUCACAAGCAAUAUAAUUCAUUCUUUUGACUUAAUUUUAUGCAAAAAAAUGUAUGACUCCCACUCACUGUGCCUGAACGCCAUGUGGGAAGGUCAACACACAACCCUCCCACUCACAGCAAACAGCCAGCUUCCUGCAAAUGAAAAAUCUGUUUCAGAUUCACUUCCAACUUACCUCAGAUAAAAAAGAAAAUAAUAAGGGCAAAUAAUAGUUACACUUAACAUAGUUGUGGAACAAUUUUUUUACCUACUCAACCAGGCAUAACCGAUUGAGCCACCUAAAGAGGGAGGAUCACUUACAACCCUUAGGGCUACAAGGCAGCUGCACCAACCAGUGGACUCCUCAACACUGCUACAUGAAGUGAAGGCCGUGGUGACGGUCAGAGUGAGGUGGAAAUAGGUCACAUCGUUAGGCCCUGCACACAUUAAUGUAGUGUACAAUAUACAGUGCAAGGCCUAGAGAAUUGUACAGAAUUAACGUUAGAUACACGGUAGUAAAAAUAAGCACACUUUCCUUUUCCCAAGUGAGGAACUGGAAGAAACAGGAGCCGAGCCAUACGGUAGAACUAAUCUUUAUGGGUUAAUGGGUGGAAUUUAGCUAUGUAGCUAUUGUGGUGUUGUUAUAAACCUUUGUGAUUAUGUUGGUGAAGGAAAGCAUCUGUGUGACGUGAAUAUUUUGUGAUUUAGUGCAUGAUAGUUAAUGCCAUCUUCAUUUUUUUCGGACUCUUGGAAGUGCGCUAUGUGACACAUCUUUACAGUGUGAUUUUCUGUGAUGAGAGUGGAUAAAAUGUUCAGCUUUGAGAGUUUCAUAACAUAAUAAAUAUGUUAUUCAUUCCAACCA